UCCCCCCUUUCCUGCAGGCCAGAGAAAGCUAGCUCCACAAGCUGCUCAGAGGCUAGCUAGCUUAGAGCUGCAAUUCCUUCAUCGACAGACUGCCUAUAUUAAAUCACAAAUCAUUGCACUGAAUUACUACUCUCUUAAUUAAAGUAGCUGCCAAAGUGUGUAGCUAGAUUCAAUACUCAAAUAGCUAGCUAGCUGUCAGUGUGAAUUCCAAGGCAAUUAUCAUCAAAGGCAUCUCACCCACAUAAAAGGGUAGGAAAUGUCAUCACUAAAUUUGGACACAGACGGCCGGCCCACACAUACACAAUCUGAACACGAGUGUCUGAGCACCCAACUAUCCCUGGAGUUGAGACUACGACAGAACUGCCAAGAACUACUGAAUCUUUACAAGAGAACACAAGACUGGUCUGCAGUCAGCCAGGUGGCCCAAAGCCUUGUUACAAACUCUCAAAGGGUCACAGUUCUCAAGGACUUGCUCAGCCAAGUGGAGCAGCACGGUGGAGUUAGGCCAUUUCUGCACAGCAUUAAUGAAAGCAAGUCUCCUAGUCCAGAGAAAACAAUCACUGAUUUUCAUCAAACCGAAAAUCAUAAGCGAUCUCCGACACCUGAAGUGGGUGAGAUCGAACUGAUAUCCGAAGACAUCGAGACAUUGUUAGAAGGAUCUCCGAGUAAUCGUGAUAGAGAGGAGGAACUCAAUUUAUUGACUGACAGUGAGGAAAUUGAUAACUCCAUUCAGCUCGAGCUCGAAGCGUGUGGAAAACCUACCGAGUGUUUUGAAAACAAACGACCAACAUCAUCAUUGGAGUCCCCUCAAUUGAGUGAUGAAAGACAAGCGUUUGUGGAUGAAUCGGAAGAAGCUGUAGCUGAAGAUUGUUUAACUAACUGUGAUCCAAACACUUUCAUUGAGGAUACCUUAUCAAACAAGCUGCACAACGAACUAGAAGAUCAAGAGAACGUUCAUACAACUGUUGAAACGCACGACACUAACUCUCCUGUCAAGUCCGCCACUCUAGCGUAUUCUGCCUCGUCCAGUAGAAGAGACAGUAAUUCUGACUUGUUCUACAGUGCUCCUGAAAGCCUGAUCUUAGACACCGAACAAGACAACUUUGAUCAAGAAACGCCAUCACCAUUGCCCAGUGAUAGUGAGGACUGUACUGAAGAAACUGUGGAUCACUUGUUGAGCGAGAUAACUGAUAAUCAAGUAGCCUCAGGCAAUAGCGAAGUACCGAGUGAACUUAGUGAGGACCAAACUAGCUGCAGGGAAGUAAGCCCCACCCUUCCCCCUGACAUUGUUGCCGAGGAGAGCAGGGAAGUAAACCCCACCCUUCCCCCUGACAUUGUUGCCGAGGAGAGCAGGGAAGUAAGCCCCACCCUUCCCCCUGACAUUGUUGCCGAGGAGAGCAGGGAAGUAAGCCCCACCCUUCCCCCUGACAUUGUUGCCGAGGAGAGCAGGGAAGUAAGCCCCACCCUUCCCCCUGACAUUGUUGCCGAGGAGAGCAGGGAAGUAAGCCCCACCCUUCCCCCUGACAUUGUUGCCGAGGAGAGCAGUCAAGAGAGGUCAUUGGAAAGUGCCGAUUAUAUAGACGCAGCAGUAAUUGAGUUAAACAGUGCUUUGCUUGCGAUUGACUCCACUGUUGCUGAUCUACUUAUGGCUGACACAAGUAUAAAUGAGUUGUCAGAUCAGCCAAUUGAAUCAGACGAUCAAUCAGCAUCACCGAUCGAUCAAGCUGUUGAAACAAGUACAGUAAUUGAAGAACGUGAGCCUGAAGAAUCAUCGGAUCAGCAAACUGAACUGAGUGACGAACCUUGCGACAAAACGGAGCCCAUUUCAUCAAUCCAUCCAACUUCAGUCAGUAUGGAAUCAAACCAUGAAGAAUCUGGCUCCAACGAGCAGCCUCCUGACGACACUGCAAAGAGUAGUGAACAAAUUGAGAUGACUGAAAAUACUGCCCAUGAAUCAACUCUUAACAAUGAACCUGAUGACACAAAACCGUCUGUCAAACAGUCGCAAAGCAACUCAGAAACUGUAUCUACCGAGCACAGUUCAAAGGAGGACAGUCCAGCUGAGGUCCCCCACGAUGUUACUGAGACCCCCUGCAAAGUUGCCGAGAUCCCUUGUGAUGUUUCCGAGACCCCCUGUGAUGUUUCCGAGACUCCCUGUGAUGUUUUGAAGACACCCUGUGAUGUUGAUGAGACCCCCUGUGAUAUUUUGAAGACACCCUGUGAUGUUUUGCAGACACCUUGUUAUGUUUUGCAGACACCCUGUGAUGUUGAUGAGACCCCCAGUGAUGUUUUGGAAACCCCUCAUAAUAUUGAUGAGACCCCCAGUGACGUUUUGGAAACCCCUCAUGAUGUUGAUGAGACCCUCUGUGAAGUUUUAGAGACCCCCAGCAGUGAACAGACCGACCCAGUUACUAAUGUAACUGAGUUUCCUACAGAGGAACCCAGUGAAGUGACUCAUGUUCUGAGCAAUAGUGGCAAGGAAGCUACACGAGAAUGGACACUGGAAGGAAAUGUUGGAUCAACAGAGCAAGCAAACACAAACCUAGAGAAUGCAAUGUCUCAAGAAGUAGAGGAAGAAGCAACUAUUGUACAGGAUGAUGUUUCCGACAAGAAAGAAGUUUCUAAUGGCGAUGGUACUUGUAUUCAAGAUCCAGAUGUUGUAUCAAAAAUGAGUAGCACCGGAGAACAGAAAUCUGAUCAAAUCACAACUGAAACUGAAACGCAAAUUUCACCUGACUCCGCUAGCAAAAUUUCCGAACCGUUUUCCCAAGACUCGGUAGCCCCUUCAGAGAAUAAAAGCCCUCCAGAGCAUAGCUUCACAGAACACAAGAGCUCUGAAGAAGAGCCUGACAUUUCCCCUGGAGAAGAAAUGGCUGCCAAAGUAGACAAGAAGCGUCGACGGUCGAAAGCCCUCACGAAUUUCAAGAACAAGAGUGUGAGACUCAAGCAACAGCUCAGCAUGAGCUUUAACCUCGCUGGCAAUAAAAAACCAGAAGAUGAUGCCGAGGCGGUACCUACCGUAAAGCCCCUCUCCCCCAUUGUUGGUACAGAGUGGGAUCCUACUUGUCUACUGGAGGAGCUAUAUUCUGAUUAUCGUCAAGGCUCUCGAACAGCUGGUAAAUCAGGGGAGUCAGCUCGGUAUUUCGGUUAUCUGCAAAAGUUGCCAAUGAACAAGAGCAAAGCUGCAUUUACGAAAGGAUUCAAGAGACGAUAUUUUCGAGCCAUGGAAGGAAAGUUGUACUAUUUUGAAGAACGUACUGGGGAUAAGGCGCUCGGUUUUGUUAAAUUAGAACACUCUCGAAUAAAUCCCAUCCCCGAAAAGCUUCAAAUCCAAGUCGUACAGAAAGAUGGCAAGUCACUGAUGGUGAAGGCAACUGAUUUGGACGAUUUGAACACAUGGUAUAAGAAUCUAAACCUGGAAGCCGCCCACCCCACACAAGCCACACCCACUUCACCCCUCUCCCUCCACAAUAGAGGUGUGGUCAUCAUCGAUAUCGGAGCAGCCUCCGUUCGUGCAGGAUACGCUGGUGAUGAUGCCUACCCGGAGCUUUUCUUCCCUGCAGUGGCCACUUUGGACCCUAGCAAUCAAGAAGACAUGGGCUGUGGCAUAGCCGCACUUCAGCCUGAAACAAGAUUCAGAGCGUUGCAGAUCUACCCUCGAAGAGUUUCUCGUAGAAUGGACCAACGAGACGCCAACAGCCAACUGCGAGCAUUGGAUUCUAUCAUCAGUUACGUUGUAAUGGCAUUGGAUUUUGAACCAACCACAACGCAAUUGGUUCUCACUCUCUCUCCUACUGUACCUGAAGCAGAUCGCAAUGACCUCAUCGAGCUUCUGUUUGAUAGCUACCAAUUUGCUGGACUGUGUGUUCAAGAGCAGGCUAUUCUGGCACUCUAUUCGUACAAUACGACCUCAGGGAUUGUGGUGGACAUUGGGGAUCAUACUGAUAUAGUGCCAAUCAUCGAUGGCUAUGUCAUUGAAGCUGGCGUAACUAGGUUACCAUUUGGAGGUAGUGCUAUUACUGAGAGUCUUUCGAAGCUAAUUACAGCUAGAGGAAUUCGUUACUUCUCUGAGACAGAAUCGUACAUUAUUCGUCUGAUCAAAGAGAGCCUUUGUUUCGUGGCUGAAGAUUAUCUUGAAAUAGUGGGAGACUGUGAAACCAACACUGUACCGUACACAAAUGCAAUGGACGUGGACAGAUUUCAACUCCCAGACCAUCGCAAGGUGAUCACUCUGGACAGCGAUCGUUUCAAAGCCCCCGAGGGUCUAUUCAGCCCCUCCCUCUGGGGCAGAGACGUGGUGGGUCUACACGAUCACGUAUGGAAGGCCAUUCAAGCCUGCUCUAUAGAUCAACGAAAGCAAGUUGCCAAGAGUGUCUAUCUGAGUGGAGGCUGCACCUUGCUACCGGGACUACAAGAGCGCUUACAGAAGGAGCUAAAUGUGUUAGCAGGCUCUGGACUACCCGUGGAAGUACACGCUGGGCCUUCACGACAACACGCCGCAUUUAUCGGAGCAUCUGUGCUUUCGUCUCUGGGCACGUUUAGUCGAGUGAAUGUGGUCACACUAGAAGAGUGGUGUGAGAGCGGAGUAGACGCACUGAACAAAUGGAAAACAACUUAGCAUUGAGUGUACAAAUUAAUUUUUGUGUGUGUUAUGUGUGUAAUGUGGUGGUAUGUAUUAUUGGUGAAAAUUC